AUGGCUAUCUCUAAGAACUUACCAUUAUUGAAGAAUCACUUCAGAAAACACUGGCAAGAACGUGUUAAGGUCCACUUAGACCAAGCUGGUAAAAAAGCUUCAAGAAGACAACAUAGAGCAUCUAAAGCUGCUUCUAUUGCCCCAAGACCAUUAGAUGCUUUAAGACCAGUUGUUAGAGCUCCAACUAUCAAAUAUAACAGAAAAGUUAGAGCUGGUAGAGGUUUCACUUUAGCUGAAUUAAAAGCUGUUGGAUACUCUGCUAAAUACGCUAGAACCAUUGGUAUUGCUGUUGAUCACAGAAGACAAAACAAAGCUCAAGAAACUUUUGAUGCUAAUGUUGCUAGAUUACAAGAAUACAAAUCUAAAUUAGUUGUCUUUGACAGAAAGACCAAGGCUUCUGAAGCUGCUGCUUUCGAACAAGUUUCUACUCCAGCUGUUUUCCCAGUUGUUCAAGCUCAACCAGAAUCUGCUCCAAGAGCCGUUGAAGUUCCAGAACAAACUGCUUUCAGAACUUUAAGAUUAGCUAAAUCUGAUAAAAAAUACAAAGGUAUCAGAGAAAAACGUGCUAAAGAAAAGGCUGAAGCUGAAGCUGACAAGAAGAAGAAAUAA